AUGGCAACAAUCUCAGCUACAGAGGGGGACAAGCCGAAAUCCAAGCCGAGUGCGCUGCGCUCGAUAAUAGCUGGCUCGACAGCUGGGGCAGUCGAGAUCGCUAUAACAUAUCCGUUUGACCUCCUCAAGACAAGAUCGCAGCUCAAUCGCCGAUUGCCAGACUCCAAAAAGGUGCCAUGGCCUCCCUUCCCCUCGAAAGAAUGGUACACCGGGUGCACGACUGCGAUCGUGGGAAACUCGGUCAAGGCGGGCGUUCGAUUCCUCGCUUUUGACACAUACAAACAUCUGCUCUCAGACGACGAUGGUCAAAUAUCUGGGCCUAGGACCGUGGCCGCGGGGUUCGGUGCCGGUGUGACAGAAUCAUUACUGGCAGUCACCCCGUCAGAGUCAAUAAAGACGCAGCUGGUAGACGACCGGAAAAGGGCGCACCCAAGGAUGCGUGGCUUCAUCCACGGCUCUAUGGUCAUCGCUCGAGAGAAGGGAUUGAGAGGCUUUUUCCAAGGAUUCGUGCCGACAACAGCACGACAGGCCGCCAACAGCGCCGUGCGGUUCAGUACCUACACGAGCCUCAAGCAAUUUGCCGAAGGCUACGUUGCACCGGGGGAGAAGCUUGGAUCUUUGACAACUUUCGCCUUAGGAGGCAUCGCUGGCAUCGUGACCGUUUACACCACCAUGCCUCUCGACACGGUCAAAACCCGAAUGCAGAGUUUAGAGGCGAGGCAGGUAUACAAGAACACUUUCCACUGCGCAGCGUCCAUCUACAAGAAUGAAGGCAUAUUAACCUUUUGGUCUGGUGCACUGCCACGACUGGGCCGUCUCACUCUCAGUGGUGGUAUUGUCUUUACGAUGCGAGUCUCCCCCAGGCGGAUCAUUUCUUGGAAGGCAUUCUGA